UGAUGUCAUGCCACCAUCAAAGAAGCUUAGCCGCUUGGUUGGCCCGGCAGAAAAAAGACGCAGUGUCCGUCAACUCGUUGCUUGCCAACAGCCAUUUGGAAAGAAAACCAGCUAUCCAAGAUUUUUCGGGUGGCCAGCCUUCAACAUGGCCAAGACAGACAAGCGUGCGCACGACAGCAAGCACGAUGCUGCUGUCGGCGCAUCCCGCAUUGAACGCGUACCACGACUAGGGAGGUACUUGCUGCUGGUUCUGGGCAGCCUGUUUCUAAGCUCUACCCUUCUUACAAUCAGCACCCCACAAACAGCUGGGCAUCUCGCCGGUGUAAGCAAGCAUCUGGAAGAGUGGUGGGAAGUCGGCGGUCUUAUAGCUUGGAGAGCCCUCGAGCUAGGACUGGUCUGGGUUUUUGGCUUCGAUGGCUGGGAUGUAACAGAAUUAACCGUUCUCACACACGUGCCUACCUACUUCCUCUUGCUUAAUUUUUACGAGGUGAAGCCAUCGGCGGUCGCUAUCACAUUCCUGAUUGAUGUCGUCUCAAAGACCAUACCCUUCAUUGCUUUGCGGGGACCUAAUUCAGUCCACAAACUCUCGAGUCCGCGCGCAGAAGAAGUUUCGAAUAUUGGGAUCCUGCAAGAUUGGUUUACGACCGUCUACACAUCGGUUGCGGCAGCUGCCAUCUACACAAUAUUCCUUUAUCUCAGCUUCUAUACCUGGCUGCCAGUACACCUGGUCACGUACUUUGACGGCGUCAGCGAUAUUCGGCUGGUGCAUGCCGGGCCAGCGGGUCUGCCAUCCGUGUUCCUGAGCCUCGUACUCGGUGGAUAUGCAGCCUAUGAUCUACUGUUUGUCAGUUCUGCCGGAUGCUCUGCAAAGGACAGUUCUCAAAAGAGCGAAGACCGUGAGGGAGAAUACCUUAUCACAUCACUGUGCAACCGGACCUGGGGAAGAUUCUCUCCAAAGGGAAAAGUUCUCGCCAGCCGCACCAUUAUUCUGGCAACGAUGACUCUAUUGAACACGGUCAUUCAGGUGUCAGGCACGGUAAGGGGCGUCGAUGUCAAGGGAUCAGCCGGUUGGGGCGCGCUUUGGGCCACGGCAGCCUUGGUUGUUGGCGGUACAUUUGCCUGGAUCGAGGCAGUGCCAGGGGUUUAAAACUAGGCAAUGACGAAGCAGAGUGAUAUAUGCACUGGGUACAUUCUACUUCAAGAAACUUCCAAUCAUGGUAAGUUGAUAAUUUCAUGGGCUUGAGACUAGACCACUCUUGUCUCGCGGCUCCGUAACUGUGCCGUCACGGAAGUUCUUGCAUAGCUCCAUAUUCUCCGAAGCUUAAUUUACUUUUUCUCGCGCUAUCGCUAUUUUUAAUACUCCGUUAUUUUUGUGCUAAUUGGCCUUUCGUCAACUAGCCAGGCGUUUUCGUCUAUUUCAAGGAAAUUCGGGUUACAAAGGUCUCUUUGCAUUCUCUCUUUUUCAUUCAGUGGGAUUCUCAGUCUCGCAAGGUUUCUUCGGGAUCCGUGCCAUUACAUUUCAAAAUUCAAGGCGUACGAUUCAUUAAAUAGUGCUAAUAAAAAAGAGUAAUAUUACGCUCAA